GGCUUCCAUUUAUAUGCAGAGGAGACUCUCCGAAUCUAGAUGCAAAAAGGACACUAGAGGACAGGGGGCUCUGCGGUGUAUCGUCUCUACCCAAUGCCGCAGACGCUGCUAAUUUUACACGUUUAAGGAUUAAAUAAGGAAAUCUCAGCACCCCACGGGUGUAUCGGACACGGUGUCAGCGGAACGAGUGGACGCCUUUGCUUGGUUCACCUUUAUGAAUGAUCCGGAUAUUUCAGCCAUGGCAACCGUGGACUGCAGUAGUAAUACAGGGGGCGUUAUAAGUUACGUGGGUUCCAGCGGCAGUUCCCCCAGCCGGACGAGCCCGGUGUCCGUCUACAGCGACUGCUCCGGCGGCAGCCCGCAAAGCGGCUCCUCUCACUACGCCUCCUACCUGCCGCCUUCCCCGUCGCACUCCUACAGCGCCAGCUCGUCAGGGUCUGGCGGGGAGACGUCCCCUCGCCAAUCGUAUGGCCCGGCGGCCUCGCCGGGAGGGCUCCACGUGGCGCUGGAUGAUGGCAGCCGGGUGUCUCCAAGCAAGACGUCCAGCAGCAUCACCAAGCUGAACGGUAUGGUCUUGCUGUGUAAAGUCUGCGGGGAUGUGGCCUCGGGAUUCCAUUACGGCGUCCACGCCUGCGAGGGCUGCAAGGGAUUCUUCCGACGCAGUAUACAGCAGAACAUUCAGUACAAGAAAUGCCUGAAAAAUGAGACUUGCUCCAUUGUAAGGAUUAACAGAAAUCGGUGCCAGCAGUGCCGCUUCCGGAAGUGUCUGUCGGUGGGCAUGUCCCGAGAUGCUGUUCGGUUUGGUCGCAUCCCAAAAAGGGAGAAGCAGCGGAUGCUGGCGGAGAUGCACAGUGCCAUGAACCACAUUGCCGGCGGUCACUUUGGGAGACGGAGCCCGAUCCCGCUACAGCCACAGCAACUUCAGCCGUCCUCUCCAUCGCACCUGGGACAGGUCUCCUGUUCUUCACCGCCUCCGCUCCCCGAAGCGUACACUCACUAUUCCCAGCAGCUCACGCCUCCACGCUCGCCCAGCCCAGAACACGUUGAUGAUGUCAUAUGCCAGGUGACCCAGGCUCACCAGCAGAUUUUCGUCUAUGCCCACGACAGAGUGGGAGCAAAGAAGGCAUCAUGGCCGCAUCAGCACGGCAAUCCUCUUCCAUCAUGCUGGACACAUGGAGAAACCCCAAGCAACCAGGACGUUCACCUGGCGUGUCCCAUGAAUGCGCUUCCCCGUGGUGGUCCGCACCGCUCCGUUCAGGAGGUGUGGGAAGAUUUCUCGCUUAGCUUCACUCCAGCCGUGCGAGAGGUGGUGGAAUUCGCACGGCACAUUCCCGGAUUCCAAGAGCUCACUCAGCAGGACCAAGUGACGCUGCUCAAGGCCGGCACGUUCGAGGUACUGAUGGUCCGCUUCGCUUCUCUGUUCGACGUGCGCGAGCGCUCCCUGAGGUUUCUGAGCGGAGCCUCCUACACCUUACCCGAACUCCAGGCCAUGGGGAUGGGGGAGCUUCUCAAUUCCAUGUUCGAUUUCAGUGAAAAGCUGGCCUCUCUCAACUUAAGUCAGGAGGAGCUGGGGGUCUUCACCGCGCUGGUGCUGGUGUCUGCCGAUCGCUCCGGCAUGGAGAACGCGUCUCUAGUAGAACAACUCCAAGAGACUCUGAUCCGCGCCCUGCGCUCUCUCAUCCUCAAGAACAGUCCCAAUGACACGUCCCGCUUUACCAAACUCUUGCUUCGCCUUCCGGACCUGCGGACCCUCAACAGCCUGCAUUCAGAGAAACUGCUCUCUUUCCGCGUCGACGCGCACUAAUGGGACCCUUUAACUACCAGGUGGAGGAAGGGUGCUUAAAUGACAGCGCAGGUACUUGGUGCCGACGUAACCGGCAGUCGCCUACCACGCGUGGACUGAUUGUGAUUUGUCGCACAGGAAUGGUAUCGGCGUCCGUGCGGUUUAAAAAAACAAUAUAUAAAAAAACAUGCAAAAUUGAAUAUUUGAAGCUUGAAGAUACAUUUUGAGUUUUAAUGAUGAGAAAUAUAAAGACACUAUAAUGUGGGCGGUUGGCAUGGCAACCAUGCUGUCACAUCGGUGACACCUGUCUUGGAAUGGCAUGUUCUAUGUUAGACACAGCAACAACGUGUCGGGAAUGGAGAAUUCUGUAAAAACAUUGUACCUAUAUGUAUAUAUAUUUUACUGGCAUACAGUGUACAGAUACCGUGUAAAUAUUUGCGUGUAUAUCAGGAUUUCUGUUAAAUAUAAAUACACAUUUCAAACAAG